UUGGUAGCCACAAAGGAAACAGACAGUGCAAGAUCUCGUAGCAUGCCAAUGUCGCCAUCUGAUUUCCUGGAUAAGCUAAUGGGUAGGAUGUCAGGCUACGAUGCAAGGAUCAGACCAAAUUUCAAAGGCCCUCCAGUUAAUGUCACAUGCAACAUAUUUAUAAACAGCUUUGGAUCCAUUGCAGAGACAACCAUGGAUUAUCGAGUGAACAUCUUUCUCCGUCAGAAUUGGAAUGAUCCACGCCUCGCAUACAGUGAAUAUCCAGAUGACUCUUUAGACUUAGAUCCAUCCAUGCUGGAUUCAAUUUGGAAACCUGAUUUAUUCUUUGCUAAUGAAAAAGGUGCCAACUUUCAUGAGGUUACAACAGAUAAUAAGUUGUUGCGAAUUUUCAAAAAUGGAAAUGUACUUUAUUCCAUCAGAUUGACUUUAAUACUGUCCUGUCCGAUGGAUCUCAAAAAUUUUCCAAUGGAUGUGCAAACAUGUAUAAUGCAGCUGGAAAGCUUUGGAUACACAAUGAAUGAUCUCAUUUUUGAAUGGCAAGAAAAGGGAGCAGUUCAAGUAGCAGAAGGUCUCACUCUGCCACAGUUUCUGUUGAAAGAAGAAAAGGAUUUAUGUUACUGCACCAAGCAUUACAAUACAGGAAAGUUUACAUGUAUUGAAGUCCGAUUUCACCUUGAGAGGCAGAUGGGUUACUAUCUCAUCCAGAUGUACAUACCGAGUCUCUUGAUCGUCAUUCUCUCCUGGGUGUCAUUUUGGAUCAAUAUGGAUGCAGCUCCAGCCAGAGUGGCUUUAGGGAUCACGACUGUACUGACCAUGACAACACAAAGCUCAGGUUCACGAGCAUCUCUUCCAAAGGUGUCAUAUGUCAAAGCCAUUGACAUCUGGAUGGCUGUGUGUCUGCUCUUUGUAUUUUCUGCACUUUUGGAGUAUGCAGCUGUAAACUUUGUGUCGAGGCAGCAUAAAGAACUUCUGCGAUUCCGCCGCAAGAGGAAGAAGAACAAGGUAAAAGAUGAUGACGUAAGGGAAAGUCAGUUUAGCUUUACAGCAUAUGGAAUGGGCCCAUGUCUUCAAGCAAAAGAUGGAGUGACACAAAAAGGGCCAAAUAAUCCUGUCCAAGCUGCACCAAAAAGCCCUGAUGAGAUGAGAAAGGUAUUCAUUGACCGGGCCAAGAAGAUAGACACGAUAUCCAGAGCAUGUUUCCCGUUAGCCUUUCUGAUUUUCAAUAUUUUUUACUGGGUAAUUUACAAAAUCAUCAGGCAUGAGGACAUUCACCAAUAA